GAAGACCGCCUUUGUUUCAUUUUUACACCAAUGAAAAAGUAAUAAAAUCUGUUUAUGUGUUUUAGGCAAAUAUAUAACCGUAUAUCUAAUAGCACGCGAUUGGCCGGUGACGAGAGUGCGAAAAAUUCUACAAAUUUGCUGUUUCAUGUUCCAAAAUUCGUGAUUCCGGCAAUUUUAAAUGUUUUGCUAUUUGAAUGGCCAAACCAUAAUGUUUGCGAAACACCAAUCGAUCCAACACAACAUGUGGCUUCAAUCGAUUAAACAUAGACAAAGAAUAAUAAUUAAAAUCAUAGCAUUAUUCUCAUUCUACAACAAAAAUUCAUGAUCAAAUUUACUGUGCAUAUGUUAAAGGUAUUCCGAUUUUAGUAUCGACAUGUUUCAAUGUAUUUAUCUGGAUUAUGGCUGGCAAUAAAUGCUUUGCCAAAGUAUGCAGCUCGAAUCAAGCUCUUCUGAGUAUUUGUGUCAAAUUCAUAGCUGGCCGCUUAAGACCCAUAAAAAUGAUCGUAUCUAUCGUAAAACAAAUGAAGCACAAUCACCAUUCAAUUUGCUUUGGUUUUUCAGAUUGAUUUGUUUUAAAUUCACAGUAUUUUGUUUGCAAAUCAGACGUUCCCGAUGCCGUUAUUUGUAUACAUACAAUGCCAAAAAUCGAUGAUUAUACGAAACGGACAUUGCGAAAAUACUUUUAAAUUCAUUUUCAAUGGAUACCGUUUGUACGGAACACACACUAUAUCCCUGGCUUAAUUUGAACAAUUCAUGUUCACGUACAACCAAACUGCAUGUAUUUCGAUCUUCAUUGAUAAUAAUCCAACACGUUGGAUCGAGUAUCGAUUCUGUAAAUAAAUCAAAUCAAAAGUAAGUAUCAUCAAAGUUAGUCUUAAUCGAACGUAUGGGUGAUGAUAUUCACUUGGCAUUUCGGGCAAUUGUCGAUUUUUCGGCUCUUUUAUACUAUUUAUAAGGAAUAUACGAUAAUUGGUGGUCAUUACAGCAACGCCUGUCCCUGAAUUUGAUGUAAAUAUUUUGGCAUCGAUGACUUUUGUGUUUAUGACUUUUUUUUGCUCAUAACCAUUUCAACCACGAUACAAUCGAAUGAAAAUUAAAAGAAUCACCAAUAGAUGGCGCAUCGUCUAUUGGUCAUUGUUUCAGAUUGAAUUAAUUAUGCGCAAUUACAUAUACAUACACAUACACAGUAGCAGCUAGUUUGUCGGCAUUGUUAUUACGAAAUGUCAAAUAAUCUUUCGCAUUUACACAGCGAACUCCAAUUGGAUUAGUUGAAAUAAUUUAGUCUCAAAGGCGGAAAAAAACCGUAAUUAAUUUUUAGUGUGCUCAAAAUCACAUAAAACUCAAUAAUUAUCGAAUUAAUUCAUAUUUUGUUGUGAUUUCAAACAAAUUGAUAACAAAUUGGAAAAUAUUCUUAACUUUAAAAAACGUGUUUGAUAAUUUCAUCAUCUAAACGAUCAAAGAAAUUGAGACGCAAUUGUCAAUUGAACCAACGGAACAAUUUUUCAAUUUUUCCUGUGCAUUAAUUCAUCAAAGUCCCAAAAUAAAUCAGGAUGCGUCCGAAGCGUACUUGCGUUAAUGAAACGAAUGAAAGAAUUCGAAUAUACUCUGAAUGGGCCAAUUCGCAGCGUCAACGACAACCAACGAACAACGCAUCGGCCAAUAGUCAACAAACUGAGCCGACACAAAAUCAAGACGAAGAAGAAGAAGAGAAUCAAUCAUUGGAUGUGACUGUGGACAAUAGCCAACAAACUGAGCCGACACAAGAGCAUGUGGAUGUACAAGACGGAGUUCAUCAAUCGAUCGAAAUUCAAUUAGAACAGUGUACACCAUGCACAGUUGGUUUGGAAGUCAUGUCACAGAACGAUUCUGAAACUCAGUAUUUCAAUCGAUACCGAGCCACAAAUACAACUGGAUCCAAAAGACGGAAAGUCAUUGAAUCGGAUGACGAUGAUGAUGAUGAUGAUGAUGUUGUCGACGCACACAGUAAUGUCACGCACACGCCUAGUUUAGUCUCGCCACAGACUUCGACACAAUCGAAACGCGUACGAUUCGAUCAAAACAAUCGACAGCAACAACGACCAUCAAAUUCGUCAAGCCACAAUUCACCAAUUCAUCAAAAUAUACAAAAUGCCGGCACAUCGUCAACACACAAUCAAAUCGAAAUGGAAUGCCAAAAUGUGUUUUCUUCCAUGACAAGAAUAAUAGCUUCAAACGCAGCACAUCGUCAAAUCGUUCACACGGAACAUCAAAUUGAAUUCAAACGUUAAACAAAAAGUCGAAGAUUUGGUGGAAAAAU